CUUGUGAUAGAGAAUAUUAGAACUCAAAGCUCGUCAUUCCAGAACAAACUCAUCUCCUACAUGACGCAAUUCCUCUUCCUGUUACUCUAGUAUCUAUACCCCCUUUUCAAAAUCUUCAUAAUGGGCAAGGACACCAUCACUCUCGCUUCCGGCCGUGAGAUGCCCCUCGUGGGCUUCGGUCUGUGGAAGGUUCCCCGUGAGACCUGCGCCGACACUGUCUACAACGCUAUCAAGACCGGUUACCGUCUCUUCGAUGGCGCCUACGACUAUCAGAAUGAGAAGGAGGCUGGCGAGGGUGUCCGCCGCGCCAUUGCCGAUGGCCUGGUGAAGCGUGAGGACAUCUUCAUCACCACCAAGCUGUGGAACAACUACCACCGCAAGGAGCAUGCCGUCGCCAUGGCGAAGAAGCAGAACGAGACCUGGGGCCUGGGCUACAUUGACCUGUUCCUCAUUCACUUCCCCGUUGCUCUCAAGUACAUUGAGCCCUCCAAGCUCGAGUACCCUUGCUGGUGGAUGGACUCCGCGCAGACCAUUGUCGAGCCCGACAACGUCCCCAUCCGCGAGACCUGGGAGUGCAUGGAGCAGAUCGCAGACGAGGGCAUCGCAAAGUCCAUCGGCGUCUCCAACUUCCAGGCCCAGUCGCUCUACGACAUCCAGUCCUACGCGCGCCACCCCAUCUCCGCCCUGCAGAUCGAGCACCACCCUUACCUCGUCCAGCCCGACCUCAUCUCCAUGGCCCAGGAGAACAAGAUCGCCGUCACGGCCUACUCCUCCUUUGGCCCCCAGUCCUUCCUCGAGAUCUCCAACAAGCGCGCCACCGGCGCCCAGGGCCUCUUCGAGGUCGAUGCUAUCAAGGCGAUUGCGGACAAGUACAACGUUACCCCCGCGCAGGUCCUGCUGCGCUGGGCUACGCAGCGCGGCGUCGCUGUCAUUCCCAAGAGCAACAGUCAGCACCGCCUGAAGCAAAACCUCGAGGUUAACGGCUUUGAUUUGACGGUUGAGGAGAUCGAGUCCAUCUCUGACCUUGACCGUGGUCUCCGCUUCAACGACCCUGGUUUCUACCUGCCCCAGCGCCCUCUGCGCAUCUUUGCUUAAGCAGAGUGUCAUCAAUAGUCACGGGAUUGUAGAGACCUGGAUUAAAAUUAAAAUAAAAAUUAAUAAAUAAAAAAAGGCUUGGAUAGGAUUGGUGGCCUUAGAACCUGCUACGAAUUAAUGAAACAAAUUUCCCAG